CUUGUACAGCAUUCCUCAGCGUUCUCUCGUCACAUAUAAAUAGGUAGUCUUGCAGUGGCUGCUGCAGUAAGAAGGAAAGGAAUGGCGACACACAAAGCACAUCUCUUCGUUUUCUGCCUCUGCUCGCUUACCUCUUUAUCAUUCGCAGGUCAGAUUCAACUCAUCCUCGUCAACAACUGCAACCACAGCGUGUGGCCGGGCACGCUCGGCAACGCCGGCCACCUUACCCCCAAGGACGGCGGCUUCCACCUCGCCCGCUUCGAGGAAGCCGUCAUCGACGUGCCCGAGGGAUGGUCGGGGAGGAUAUGGGGCAGGACGGGCUGCUGCUUCGACGAGCACGGCGGCGGCUAUUGUGACACCGGGGACUGCGGCCGCCGGCUGCACUGCAUGGGCAAGUCGGGGGCGCCACCGGCGUCGGUGGUGGAGAUGACUUUGGGCACCGCCGCGUCGUCGCUUCACUUCUACGACGUGAGCCUGGUGGAGGGAUUCAACCUCCCGGUCACCAUGGCGCCGGUGGGCGGGGGGAUCGGGUGCGGCGUCGCGGGGUGCGAAGCGGACGUGACCGCCUGCUGCCCCGCGGAGUUUGAGGUGCGGAGGGGACGACGGGUGGUGGGGUGCAAGAGCGCGUGCUUGGCGCUGAAGGCCGACGAGUACUGCUGCACCGGGAGAUAUGGGUCGCCGACGAGUUGCAAGCCGACGCGCUUCUCCCACCUCUUCAAGUCCAUAUGCCCUCGUGCUUACAGCUACGCCUUCGACGACCCGACGAGCUUGAAGAAGUGCAGGGCGUCGCGCUACCUCAUCACCUUCUGCCCUCCUCAGCAUUAAGUCUGCAGUUUGCCUGUGUAAAUUUGACUCGGUGUCACUGACAGCGCGUGUAUUGUUGUUCCAACGUAUCACCUUAUGAGAAUAAAUAGAA